UGCGGUGUAUUUGGCCGCGCAAGAAACGUUUGGAAACGUCUUCCUUCGUUUACAAAGAAUUCUGUAUUUUAUCUUGAAUAAUCUUGGAGAAAACGAUGACAUCCUUACUGAACAAACCUAAGUCAGAAAUGACUCCUGAAGAACUUGCACAGAGAGAACAAGAAGAAUUUAAUACAGGACCUUUAUCGGUACUAACACAGUCUGUAAAAAACAACACCCAAGUACUUAUCAACUGCCGAAACAACAAGAAACUACUUGCAAGAGUUAAAGCAUUUGACCGACAUUGCAAUAUGGUACUGGAAAAUGUUCGAGAGAUGUGGACAGAAACACCCAAAUCAGGAAAAGGAAAGAAAAAGGCAAAGCCUGUAAACAAGGACAGAUACAUUGCAAAGAUGUUUUUGCGUGGGGACUCUGUAAUCCUAGUCUUGAGAAAUCCUAUGGCAACGACCAAAUAGUUUUUUCUUUGAGCAGACUUUGUGAUAUAUCUUCCAACCCUGCCAGAAGACAACACCUUUCUAAGAGACAUUGGUGGUCCUAGGCUACUGUUCCCAUGUUCUUUCACUUUUUUAUAUUGAAAACAAGAAAUUCUCAUGUUUUUUUCUUCUUGGAUGUUGACAUGAAUCAUCACUCUAGCAUCAGUGUAAGCAUAAACAUUUUUGUCCUUUUUACUUAUCAAACAAAAAGUGUGGAGAGCCACAUGUUGUACAUAGAAGCAAUGAAAUAAUAAAAUACAAGAAAAAGAAAAUA